AUGCCACACAACACCAACGUCACCGACGUCGGCCUGCCCUACGGCGGUUAUCCUAAGGUGGUUUCAGCCGGAUGGAAUGACAACUAUCUUCCACUCUGGAUGCAAGAUGCCGGGUAUAACACAUACUAUGUCGGAAAGAUGUGGAACGCCCACACCGAAGACAACUACAAUGAUCCCUACGUUCGGGGCUUCAAUGGCUCCGACUUCCUGCUGGAUCCAUACACGUAUCGCUACUGGUAUGCACGAAUGACACGCAAUGGCGCCCCGCCAGUGAAAUAUGAUGGGAAUUACUCGACCGACGUGAUCGCCGAGAAGGCAUCGGGGUUCAUUGACGAAGCCGUGAAACAAGAUCGACCGUGGAUGCUGACCGUUGCGCCGAACGCACCACACUCGAAUGGCUCGCACGACUCUACGCGAAAUGCGAACUGGUUCGGCGAGCCGGAGUUUGCGCCCCGACAUGCUGAUCUGUUUAAGGAUGUUAAGGCCCCGCGAGACGAGAGCUUCAAUACCUUAAUUGAGAAUGCGGUUAGCUGGGUCGAGAAUGUGCCGGAGUUGAAUCAGACUCAUAUCGAUUAUAUCGAUGAGUUCCAGCGGUGUCGACUGCGGGCCUUGCAGGCUGUGGACGAGAUGAUUGGGGAUCUUGUUGAGAAACUUGAUAAACUUGGCGAGCUGGAUAAUACUUAUAUUUUCUUCUCGACGGACAAUGGAUAUCAUCUUGGCCAGCAUCGGAUGCAGCCUGGAAAGAACUGCGGUUAUGAAACCGACAUCAAUGUGCCGCUCAUCGUCCGAGGACCUGGUAUCGGCAAGAAUGUGACACUGGAUGCAAUCACCAGUCACACUGACUUGGCCCCGACCUUCCUCUCCUUGGCUGGCGCUACCAGAGACGGACUAGAUGGCAAGAAGAUCCCCACGACAAUCGCAGCCAGUACUGCCCACAACAGAUCCGAGCACGUAGCCAUCGAGUACUGGGGAUUAGCUGUCCCAGAAGGAAUCUACGGAUAUGCCAGCGACAAGCUCCAGCAGCCACAUAACAGCUACGAGCGCAAUACCUACAAAGCCAUCAGACUCGUUUCCGACGACUACAGUCUCUACUAUGCUGUCUGGUGCACGAACGAACAGGAGUUCUACGAUCUCAAGGGCGAUCCACACCAAACCAAGAACCUAGGCACACACCCAGCCAAGCAGGCUUAUAAGAUCGCCAACAGGGAGCUUCCCCAGAUCAUAUCGCGGUUGAAUGCUUUAAUGCUGGUUCUGAAGUCUUGCAAGGGCGACGCAUGUCGAGACCCGUGGCUCCAAUUGCAUCCAGCAGGCAAGGUGAAUAGUCUUGCCGAAGCGCUUGAUUCCGGCUUUGAUGAGUUCUAUGCGAAUCAGCCGAAGACUUCGUUCUCUUCGUGUGAAAAUGGGUAUAUCAUUUCUGCGGAGGGGCCGCAGGAAUUCAAUUCUUAUGGAGCGCAGAGUCGGAGGGGGUGGUUAGAUGGUCUUUGGUGA